UAUAGCAGUAAAUUUCAGCCACUUUGAGAAAGUUAGUAUGGCUUCUGGUGACGAGAUACCGGCGAAAGAUCCAAAGGAACAAAGUAAAGAAGAGGAGAAAGCUAAAGAUGGACAGUCAACAGAAGAUGGUGCUUCAGUUCCACUGCCUGAGUAUGUGAAGCAUCCAUUGCAAAAUAAAUGGGCUCUGUGGUUUUUCAAAAAUGAUAAGACAAAAUCCUGGAAAGCAAAUCUUCGCCAAGUAACAUCUUUUGAUACUGUGGAAGAUUUUUGGGGGGUUUACAACCAUAUACAAGCUGCAAGCAAAUUGCAGUCUGGAUGUGAUUAUUCAUUGUUUAAGGAAGGAAUUGAGCCUAUGUGGGAAGACGAGAGAAACAAACAAGGGGGACGGUGGCUUAUAAACACACAGAAAAAUUUUAGGCAGCAUGAACUGGACAGAUUAUGGCUUGAAACAUUGAUGCUCCUCAUUGGAGAGUCUUUUGGUGAAUACUCUGAGAAUGUGUGUGGAGCUGUAGUUCAAAUUCGUCAAAAGGGAGAUAAACUGGCCAUAUGGACUGGCAAUGCAUUAGAUCAAGAUGCCAACUUAAGUAUAGGACGUAAAUUUAAGGAGCGUCUUAAUCUUCCUCCCAAGGUAGUUAUAGGUUAUCAGGCUCACGAAGAUACUAUGACCAAGACAGGAUCAACUACGAAAUCAAUGUUCUCAUUAUGAUUGUUAAAGAACUGCUUAUAGACACUGUCAGAAUAAUUAUCUGAUAUUUUAAGAAAACUUUUAGGAUUUAUUCUAUUUAAGAGAGCUUACAGGCUUUCAGAGCCAUUUUCCCUGCUCAUGAGCUCAAGUUUCACCUUCUGACCGUUGUGUGAAGGGAAAACACUAGACAAUUCAUAAAGCAUUACUUAGUUUUGCACUGACUUGUGACUUACCUGAAUUUAGCAUUUUAAAGAUUAAAACUUUAAGAGGACACAAAGGAGAACAUUAUGAUAAAAAUAAGAUUUACUUGCUCGUGUAACCAUAAGUAGUGUCCUUUCUCCACACAACAGUCAGGUAUAAGUUGUAAAGACUUAGCUCCAUAAGGCUCUUGCUUUGAGAGGUAAAAAUAAGAGGAGGCUGUACUAUCGUACAGAGUAUACUGUACGGUUUCUUAGAAGUUAUGAUCGUGUAUGAAAUCUAUAAGCGAUUCUUUGACACUGAUGCUCAAAGAUGUUCUUUAGUUGACAAAAUACCGGAGGACUGAUAUCUUCAUUUUGUUAUUAUAGCUUGUUUGCAUCUACUCUCUCCUUAAUUUAUAGCGCAUGUCUAACACUGCUUGGUGUUUGAUGUUGCAUUGCAUGUUGUAGUUGAUAGUUAAAGUCAACCAAAUGUGCCCAAGUGCCUGUCAGCUUCUGAUAUUUUCCUUAUAGUUAGCCAGUUAUGUUUUAAGACUAUGGGUGGCACUUCGUAAUUUACACGCAUUUUCUCACUAUAGUAAUAAGAAAAAUAUAUAUUUCUUGGGCCUCAAAUUAGAAUUUAAACUCGAGAAGUGUUAUGUUACUGCCAUAGAAUUAGAUAACAACUUUUACUUUUCAUUUGCAAGGGUUGAUUAGAUUAGGUCUUCAUACAUUAUUUUAAGUUGUGAUUACAUAAUGGUAAUGUUCUAUGCCCUAAUAAUUCGAUUACUUGAACAAAAGUUUGUAUUCAAGAGACAACCUAUCCGUUUAAAUUUUCCUUUACCCCUCCGGGGUUGGUUUUGAUAUUUUUUGAGGAACCUUGCUGGUCCUUGGAAACAAACUUAACGGCCGCUUUCAUGUUUAUAUUUUUGGAUUAUUCAAAGUGAUUAUCUUUUAGAGCCUGUGACUUUGUAGGAGAACAAAAGUGAAACAAUUUCCAUUUUUAAACAAAAGUGAAACAGACUUAUUUAAAUCUUAGAAGUGAGUUGAAAUAAACUUUAAACGAUACUGUGUGAUCCAACCGUGACCGAGCCUCGGUUCAAGAGGGUAGGAUACUGAGCACAUAACUCCAAACUCUUUCGCGUUAUAGUUCAAACUAUUUCGAAAGAUUGCCUUAUUAUUAAAUUAUGCAUAGACGCUUUCGUGUAGGUGUCAGUUAAACCACUGUUUAUGAAAAAGAACAUGUACCGUAUUCUAUACAGCCUUGGAUAGAAUGUAAUCUUUGCAUGCAAGUGAUUUAUAUUAAUUUAAAUUUAGAGUAAGUAAUCGUUUUAUUGAGUCUGUGUGUAAAAUUAUUUUGAACAAUUAACGCGAUUUAAUUUCGAGGCUCGUUUGCCGGAUUCUUGAAGAAGACUAAACUAGUCUAGUGUUUUGUUUCAUCUCUGGGCAUAUAAUUAGCUUUGUUGUUGAAAUAAGGCGUCAUGGUCGUAGUAUUUGCUAUUAAAAUUUUUAAAUAGCUGUU